CGGACUCCGAGGAGCCAGGAAGUAUGCAGCGCGACAGAUAAAGUCGAGAGAGCGGGCGUUUGUUGUCAGUGGACGGGGAUCACACGCUUCAGGGUGAGAGGGAAUUAUAGCCGAGUGCGAAAUUGAGCCUAAUCCAUUGCAGUGGCAGAGACUGACCACUCAGUAGUUUAGAUUUGAAAGCGGGGAGAGAUCACGACCCUGCUUACAAUUAGGUAAAUAUUACGUUAGCACAUUGCUACGAAACAAGACGGAAGAGAAUAGAAGCGGGAUUGCUGUUAUUUCACGGCAAAGGUUUGUCUUGCUCACAAAACAAUUAGAAUCUAGGAACAUUUCUCAGCAAAGCUUCAAGAUGCCUCGGGUGGUCCCGGAUCAAAGGAGCAAGUUUGAAAACGAAGAAUUCUUCAGAAAACUCAGUCGGGAGUGCGAGAUCAAAUAUACAGGUUUCCGAGACAGACCUCACGAGGAGAGGCAAGCCCGGUUUCAGAACGCUUCUAGAGACGGUCGCUCAGAAAUAGCUUUUGUGGCGACGGGCACCAACCUCUCGCUGCAGUUCUUCCCAGCCAACUUGCACGGGGAGCAGAGGCAGACGCCCACACGAGAUUAUGUGGACUUUGACCGGGAGACGGGAAAGGUGUACCUGAAGGCCCCUAUGAUCCUGAAUGGAGUGUGUGUGACCUGGAAGGGCUGCAUAGACCUGCAGCGCUUGGAUGGGAUGGGCUGUCUGGAGUUCGAUGAGGAGAGAGCACAGCAUGAGGAUGCCCUGGCGCUAGCAUCCUUUGAGGAGUCGCGUAGGAGGACCCGGGACUUUGAGGACAGAGACCGCUCGCACCGAGAGGACCUGGAGGACCCUGUGGCAUCAAAAAUCUGGGACUGAUGGCAUUCAAGGACCAGGCCCAGGCGACAGCAGGACCCCAGCCCUGGCACCAACAUGGGCAACAACGCUGAUGAUCACAAGAUGCGCUAGAGGCCAGAGAGACACAGGGGGUGGGGUCAGGGUGACCUGUCCAUCGUACUAGGCCAGUCUCACACCCUGUUACCAAGCUGUUAACUGGAGAGACCAAAGUCCACAUUGAUAGGGAUUUGGGGGUGGGUGGGGGUGGGGCCCUAUUUAAUUUUAAGAAGGGACUGGGUGAGGUGGGUGUCCAUUUUUAAGUGUGGUGUAAGAGGAUCGACCCAAACCUCCUUGUCUUCGGGGGGGUUUUGCACUAUCUGAUACAUUCAGUUUAGUACCCACAUUGCCUUCUGUAUGCAUGGAGCACCUGCCUACCUAUGUUUUCUUUUGUCCCUCUAUGCAAGCUAUUUCGGCAGCACUUUCUUUUACAAUGCUUUAUAAAUAGGAAAUUACUGGGUGAUUAAAUGGAACACAUUUGUUCUUAAAUAAUUACAUAUUCUUCCUAAAUUGUUACAUUUCUAAUAAUUCCAAAUAUCUUCCAUCUUCCUUAUUGUUUCCCAUAAAGUUUGUUUCAAAUCAGGUAGCAACCUGAGGAGCACUGAGCAUAAAUGUAUUUCACGCUAAAUUCUAAUCUAUUGAUAAUUACAAUCAGAAGUUGAAGCCAUAACAAAGCGCUCCACCCCGCCCCUGUUUGGGUAAACAGCUGAGGGAGGGGCUAGAGAAAUGGAACCACUCUCAAAUUCAUAGACAGAGCUAUGGAUGCAAGGACUGACUAUCCAUAAUAUCUAAAUUAUAGUUUUAACCAUGUUUUUGAGGCUGUAUAGUCUUUGUUUACAUUUAUUUUGUUUCGAAACAUUGGAGUAAAACAAGCUUCCCACUGGGCACACACUGAUUAAAUCAAUGUUGUUUCAACAUAAUUCAAUUAAAUUACGUUGAACCAACGUGGAAUAGACUUUGAAUUGACGUCUGUGCCCAGUGGGUUAUAUUUUGGGUUCUGAUGCGGCAAGACAGUUGAACUAAGCUUAUGAGGCAUUUAUAAAUUACAUUCUUCAAGAAUCAAUGGGUAUGUAUCAUUAAUUUUCACUACAUGACAAAACGUAUGUGGACACCUGCUUAUCAAACAUCUCAUUCCAGCAUCAUGGGCAUUAAUAUGGAGUUGGUCCCCCCUUUGCUGCUAUAACAAUCUCCACUCUUCUGGGAAGGCUUUCCACUAGAUGUUGGAACAUUGCUGCGGGGACUGAUAUUGGGCGAUUAGGCCUGGCUCGCAGUCGGCGUUCUAAUUCAUCCCAAAGGUGUUCGAUGGGGUUGAGGUCAGGGCUCUGUGCAGGCCAGUCAAGUUCUUCCACACCAAUCUCAACAAACCAUUUCUAUAUGGACCUCGCUUUGUGCACGAGGGCAUUGUCAUGCUGAAACAGAUAAGGGCCUUCCACAAAGUUGGAAGCACAGAAUCGUCUAGAAUGUCAUUGUUCGCUGUAGUGUUAAGAUAUCCCUUCACUGGAACUAAGGGGCCUAGCCUGACCCAUGAAAAACAGCCCCAGACCAUUAUUCCUGGCACUAUUCAUUCGGGAAGGUAGCGUUCUCCAGGCAUCCACCAAACCCAGAUUUGUCCUUCCGACUCCCAGAUGGUGAAGUGUGAUUCAGCACUCGCUGGUCCCGUUCUGUGAGCUUGUGUGGCCUACCACUUCGUGCCUGAGCCAUUGUCGCUCAUAGAAGUUUCCACUUCACAAUAACAGCACUUGCAGUUGACUGGGGCAGCAUUAGAAAUUUUACGAACUGACUUGUUGGGAAGCUGGCAUCCUAUGACAGUUCCAUGUUGAAAGUCACUGAGCUCUUCAGUACGGGCCGUUCUGUUACCAAUGUUUGUCUAUGAAGAUUGCACUUCCACUAAUAUGAAGAGGUGUCCACAUACUUUUGAAUGUAGCAACUAUAGUUUGGAAAUAGGCCUUUUUUGGUUCCAGGUAGAAGAACCAUUUUUGAUUUCAUGUAGAACCCUCUGUGGGAAGGGUUCUACCUGGAACCAAAAGGGUUCUAUUUAGUUCCAGAAAGGGUUAAAAAAAGGGUUCUCCUAUGGGGACAGCCGAAAUAACCCUUUUAUGUUCCAGAUAGCACCUUCAAGUACAAAUAGUUACCAAUCAAUCACCUAUUUAUUUUGUAUUUAUAAAGGACUAUAAAAGAUUGCUUAACAGCUAUAAUUUAUCAUAUUAUAGCACUAUUUUAAUGAAAUUGUAUUUUUUAUUAUUUUAUUCAUGUUUUGUGUGAAAGUCAUGAUGUUUACUUUUUUAUUUCUUUUCUCUAUAUAUAAAUACUGUAUUUGUAUGUCUUUAUGCUAUCGUAAGGGAUAUCAGUAGAAUAUGUAAAGUUGUGUUCAAGAAAAGUUACUUUUUCAAAGAGACUGUUGAUUUGCCGGAUGAGGAAGGUCUAUCAACCUCAGCGCUUUCUGUCUUCCUGUCUCCUCCAUGUUAGCAGCAUAUUUUAACAGUCUUUGAACAUGACUCUAGCAGCACAUAGCGCACAAUGAGGUCAGUGUCUCUGAGCUCGCUCUUUGGAAGUCGAGGCAAAGAGGCUUUCUCCUCUGCAUUGUUUUUUUUUAUUAUUCUCUUUAUUUCACUUUUCAUCCAGAUCAGAGUUUGUAACGUCUAAGCAGUAACUUUCUCUUUUUUUGAUCCAUUGCGGCUUCAUUCCAGAGGUUUGUCGCACAUUUUGAUCCAGCUCUGGGAUCUAUCUCCCUGAAAUUUAUGCAAGGACACAGCAACAUUAUCUCACUAACUUACCUUCCAGUUUUGUUUGGUAUGUUUCAGGUAAUCUGAAUAUCUUUGAGUUUCAUAAACUAUUGUGCUGUUGUCAGUGUUUCUUCCUCUUUACAGGAAUAAAGUUUUAACAGUUCAUUCAUAUGAAUUUGUCUGUACUGGGGAUUAGAGAGAGCAACAUCUUUAAAGAGAUUGAAGACUCUCUAUUGCAAUAAAUGAUGUGUGUAAAACCUGAAUGGCUAACAUGGGGCGCUGUAUUGAAGCCACCAUGCAGCCAUCUUGCUCCUACUUCUCCGUUGUAAAAGAUUUAGGAAGGUAUAGAAAUUCAUUUAUUAAUGCCUACAUUUGUUUUUGACACAUUUAUUCUAUUACAGACACAUUAACGCAUACUUUUAAAUUAUAUGCGAGUUAAACAUUUUUAAAAAAUGAAUAAUCUCUAAAACUUUUUUUUAGAGAGUACUAAUGUUACUGUCCCCACUACAACAACAAAAAUACUCAAAUACAUGUAAUUUUGACCAUACAUUUUUUUUCUCCAAAUACUGUAGAAUCAUUCAUUCCUAUAGAUGCGGUAAAGAGGUCAAUCAAAUUUGACCAAAACAAUGGAAUUGCCAUGGAAACGUGUGGGGGAAAGGGCCAUGGGGGAAAAAGAGCCUAAAUUUAGGCUAUUGUUUAUAUGCGUAUUUCACACUAUGUUGAGGUGAAAAUCGCAGUAUAACGCUUUUAUGGAUGUCAACCCCAACACAUGUUCAUGUCAUCUUUACCAAUAAAUUGCAUUACAGUUAAAAACGAAUUUGACUACCACCAACGAUUUCUGUAUGCUAGCUAUAUUUCUGUAUGCUAGCUAUAGUUCUGUAUGCUAGCUAUAUUUCUGUAUUCUAGCUAUAGUUCUGUAUGCUAGCUAUAGUUCUGUGUGCUAGCUAUAGUUCUGUAUGCUAGCUAUAUUUCUGUAUGCUAGCUAUAUUUCUGUAUGCUACCUAUAGUUCUGAAUGCUAGCUAUAGUCUGUAUGCUAGCUAUAUUUCUGUAUGCUAGCUAUGCUCACCAGCUUAUACGAACAGGAGUUAGCAUAUAGCAGUCACAUCUUCUAAACCUGAAAAGGGUCAACUUCUACAGACAAAUAUAUCCAAAUCAGACUUAAGAAACCACAUAGUGUACCUGCUACAAUACGUAUAUAAUGACGGAUUUGAUGAAUACUCACUUUGUUAGGUCAGAUUUGUUGACUGUGAGCCAAUCUGGCAUAUGGAACGUCUGCAUUCCAUUGACUCCUUUAACACAUCUAUGGAGGACUGCUCCUACUGGGUAGUGCCAAUAUGGUUGACCGGUGGCUUCAAAGGCUCUCAAUGGCCAAUACAUAGAAUCAGCAAUCCAGGGUUUAUAUAAACCACUGAUUGCAAUCCAGCACUGUUUCAACCAGUCAUGAAAUAUUGGGAUGAAAUAGACCAAGAGUCAGUCUGGGGCUCAAUAAACUGCAUAUGAAAUUAAAGGAGAGAGGUCAAGUCUAGCAGCAGUGAUGAACCUGUGGUUUUCUUCCAUUAAUUUCUAAUGCAUCAGCUCAGUAUUUUAUUCAAAGUUAAUUUGCUUUCAUUUGAAGAAAGAGGAAAGGUGGAGGAAGAAGCCUAUGUUUUGUAAAGGGACAAACGUUAGACAGCAAGUUGUAAGAUGUUGUUGUGCAGGUCAGAAAUAAUGGGGUUUAGGUGGACAGAGGGAGAGGCAGUGGGUUGUCACACUUUGCUAUCGAAGCAAGUUCUAAUUUCAUACUGCAUGGGAUUGUAUUUCCUUGAGUUAGGUUCUUAUAUUUUUAUCCCAAAUACUUCUAUAACACAUAUUUGCAUAAUGUUUCACAUCCCACUAAUGAUGCCGUUCUUUUGCAUUUACAUCUCAUAAAAACAAGGUGUAAGGCCUUAGCUUGCUGCUUUAGUGUAUCAAAGAUUUACACAGUCAGUCAUCUCAAGGUAGCAUACCAAUGUGGGUAACAGGAACGAACAUGUUUACGUUAUCUUCCAUAGACCUUUGUGAUGUUUAAACAAUGUGUACAGUAUUUCACAAUAUUCUGGGAGCUCUAUUUCAAGUGGUUUGUUUGAUAUCUACUCCAGUGUAUAGAUUACCUGAUUAAAGUGUCAGUGUACAAAACAAGUUGGACACUCAGAAACUAACUGGCCUACCUCCAGCUGCAACCAAAAACAAAUAGAAAUCUUGGGUAUUUUUUACUUCACGAUUUUGUGAAUCUUUAUUUCAUUUAAAUGUUUGUUACAGAUGUAGGAUCAUCAUUUGAACCAGGAAAAUAAUCCUGCAGCAACAGGAAAUGUGAAUUACUAUGUGGAUUUUAAUGAAUGGACAUUUUUGUAGGGGUUGAUAAAUGUUUCUUACGGGAAAAUCUGAAAUGUCAAAGUGGAAAUACAUCUCAAAUAUACACAACACGUUUUAAAUGUUGUGCAUUGCAGGAAAGUUAUCCUGCAACAGGGCGAUCAAAUUAAGAUCCUACAUCUGUAAAUAGUGUGAUCUGUGUGCAUGAGGUCAGGAAUGUCCAAAACACUGGAGUUAUGAUAUACCCUACCUAGUGAUGGUGUCCCAGCCUAGAUUUCCAACAUAACUGAUUACAAUCCCUGGAGAACAGGCCCUCCUCUCGUCUCUCCCUUCAUGUGUAGGCCUACUCCCCAGAGCCCCAGCUAGCUGGUACCCCUGUCUGAGCUUCUCCCGUCACUUUAAUGCUGGCAUUAAUGCUGGCAAUAACACCAGAGACUGUCCUAGUUAUUUUUUAUAAAUUGUUUAUUUUAUUAUUUGUUUUAAGUUAUUGAUACAGGUUGACCUUUGUUUUGUUCAGGUUACGCAAUGAAGAACUGUGUAUUUCUGUGUUUAAUGGCCUAUCUUUUAACAUUUUACUGAAUCAUUUAGGUUUCUUUCUCUCUGUUUUAUGGUUUAGCUUGUAUGGCUUGUUUUGUUAAGGGGAAACUUAAAUAUGAAAUGUUGAAUUUAACAUGUUUCGUAAUAAAUUUGUAACAAUCGUUGUA